AAGAUGGCGGGCAAAUCGAAAACAUAAACAUUCAAUUGUUUUAUCCUUUCUAAAAAAUAAAGAUUAUGGAUGAAAGGAUUUUCUUUAAAACUGAGACAGCGAGCAAGCUCCUUCAAGAACAUUUUACAGACGAAAAGACCAAACUUAGUAACGACUCUGCAAAAUUAAUGGCGGAAUUCCUGCGAGUUUUUGUUGCAGAGGGAGCUGCAAGGGCUGGCCAUCAAGCUAAGACAGAAUCUGCAAUUACAGUUGAGAUUGAACAUUUGGAAAAAAUAUUACCACAAUUGUUACUAGACUUCUAAAUGAUAAAAUCUAAUGGAAACAAGACAGGGACUUCCACAUUAGACCUUGAUGUAAAUUCUAAGCUGUGAUGUAUUUGUGCACAAAGGGUACGUGUUCCU